AUGGUUCGUAAAAGGUUGUGUAAAUCACUGACUGAAAGUAAAUCGCGGAGAAAUACAAUGUUUGUAGGGUAGAUUACGCGCGGCGCAGAGGGUGUGGCUAUCGAACCCACAGCCUCGUUUACACACUGUUGCUAAGAGUUACAGUCGCCAGGUACGCAAGAAUAGAAUGACGGAAUUCGUACAUUUAUUCGAAAAUUUUGAUAAACGACUGGUGCAACAAAUAUACAAAGAGAAAGAUGAAGCAGAAAAGCACCGUAAUUAUGAAUAUUCUGCUAGUGUUAAAAUCCAGUCAUGGUAUCGUGGUGCAAGAUCAAGAUUUUAUCUUAGAUUCAUGAACAAUGCAGCAAUCACCAUACAAAAACACUGGAAAGGCUACAUGGCACGUAUUUACUACCAAAAAUCCACCUGGGAUUUUUUCCUGAAAAUGUGCAUUGAACAUUACAUAGCAAUGGCUACUAAGAUUCAGAAGACAUGGAGAGGUUACCAGAGUCGCAAGAAAAAAUUUGACUACUACAAGAGGAAGUGUUACCUAGAAAAUGUUUGUCGCAAAAAUGAAAUAGUCUUAGCUAAACUUGAUAAAUUUGCAAAAGAAACAAAAGAAAUUGAAGAAAUCAUCGCUCGUCAAUUAAAAGAGAUGAUGUCAGGUCAGAAAGCUUUCCAAUAUAACUGUGUACAGGGCAUAAACAGUUUCCCAGGAAUCAACAUCAAUACAACAUGCAGGAAAUCAAAGCAAACAGAAAUCUAUCACUCACUUUAUGAUUUAAAGCAAGGCACACUCCAGAUCUCCACUGAUAACGGAUAUCAGUUAAUUCCUCCAAAAACUUUGCCGCCACUUCCACAGAAACCUCAAGGUCCUUUCCUUGAUCCUGCAAUUGUACAUUUGCAGCGCUACAAACCUCUGAAACCCACACUUCGAGUAGAAACUAGUUUUGAUUCUUUAGAAAAAGCAAGAAAGGAAUUAAAAAUGGAAGAAUGGGCAAAAAGACUCCAUGAUGAUAAUUUCAUAUCACCUAAAAACUACCCAACAAAAUACCAACCUCUUCUCCAUACAAAGUCUGAAUAUGGUCACAGACCAUAUGGCAUGAAGUACUUCAGAGAGACGAACCACAAAUUAUUCAUAUCAGACAAGGACUUCAAGACAUGCAUAUCAAACAGUUCCUAUGCUUGAAUCCACAAAUAUCUCACAUUAGGUCAGGUUUAUCCAGAUUAUGAUUUUUAGAAGUAUCUAAUUGUUCAAAUCUGCUGAGAUUAUGCACAAAUCUAAAAAUAAUACCACCAGAUACUGAUUGAAGAUCAAAUCAAUCAAAAUAUGAAGACAAAAAUAUUGAUGAUUUUCUUAACACUACAGAUGAGGUUAAUAAGUUCAAACCAUUAUAAAUGUUAUUUACAACUUAUCUCUGACAUUUAUGAUUUAAUCCAGUUAAGGACAUUUUUUUAAUAAAAUAGAAUAAGUACAUAAUACAUAGGUUACAAGAAGAAAAAUUUUAUAGCACUAAAACAUAAUUUAAGAUAAAAAAUAAUACUUUUUCACAGCUCUGGAUUUUCAUUAGUCCUAAAUGAAUUUGUUAAGAUUUUUGAGUUGUGGCUAAAUCAACAUUUGGUAUUUUCCUAAUUAUUUUAUUAACUGUAUAUUAUUUUAUUA